AUGGGGGGUGUAGGCAAGACGACCUUGAUGAAACAAGUGGCUAGAAAGGUGAACAGUGAAGAACUUUUUCAAGAGGCGAUCAUGGUGAACCUAACCCAGAAACCUGAAUUGAAGAAGAUUCAAGACCAGAUUGCAGAGCAAUUGGGACUGGAACUCAAGGAAGAGAGUCAAGUAGUAAGAGCAGGGAAGCUGUCAGAGAGAUUGACGCAGGAUCUGCUGAAAGGCAAGAAGAUCCUUUUAAUCUUUGAUAAUCUUUGGGAAAGGUUGGAUCUAGAUGACAUAGGAAUCCCUUUAGAAUGGAAUGAUAGGGGUUGUAAGAUUACAUUUACUACACGAAAAGUGGAAGUAUGCAGUCACAUGAAGAGCCAGGCAAAGAUCCCUGUCAAUGUGUUAUCAAAAAAAGAGGCAUGGCAUCUAUUCAAGGAAAAGGCAGGUGAUGCUGUCGACUCCUCUGAAUUGAAUGUUGUGGCAAAAGAAGUUGUCAAGGAAUGUGGGGGCUUGCCUCUAGCGAUCAUCACACUUGGAAUGGCAUUACAAGAUAAGGAUAAAAAAGUGUGGGAUGAUGCACUACUACAAUUACAGAGGUCUAAUCCAACAAACAUCAAGGGUAUGGAUCAGAAGGUGUUCUCUUCUUUGGAGAUGAGUUACAAUUACUUAGAAAGUAAGGAGGCCCAGGUAUGCUUCUUGUUUUGCUGUUUAUUUCGAGAAGGUUAUUCUGUUUCUGAAAAUGAGAUGAUGAAAUAUGGAAUUGGGGAAGGUCUCUUCAAGGAUGUUAAUACAUUGGAGGAAGCAUCAUGUAGAGUUCAUAUGUUGUUCGACAAACUUAAGGCUUCAUGCUUGUUGCUAGAAGGAGAUAGAUCAAACUCUGUAAAAAUGCAUGAUGUUGUUCGAGACGUCGCCGUAUCAAUAGCAUCAAGAGCUGAGCAUGGGUUUUUGGUAAAAGCCAAAGUAGGUUUGAAAGAGUGGCCAGAGAUUGAAAAUGUGCAGAAAUGUAAGAGGAUUUCAUUUGUGUACAAUGAAAUUAAUAAACUUCCGUAUCAAAUUGAAUGUCCUCAGCUCCUAACCUUGUUUUUGUUUGGGAAUCAUUCAUUGAAAGAGAUUCCCGAUGAUUUCUUUCAAGGGAUGAAUUCCCUUAAAGUUUUGGAUAUAUGUGGCAUUGAUAUCUCAAUGUUGCCCCCAUCAGUGGAGGGCCUGAAAAAUCUUCGGACGUUGUGGUUGGAUAGAUGUCCUCAGUUAAAAGAUGUAACUCUUAUUGGCAGAUUGAAGAAGCUAGAAAUACUUUGCUUACAAGAAACCGGCAUCUGUGAACUCCCAAAAGAAACAGGAAGAUUGGCCAAUCUAAAGCUCUUGGAUUUGUCAAAUACCAUCUAUCUCGAAAGGGAGAUGAAAGCAAUGCUAGCUUUGGUGAGCUAG